AUGCCAUUGCCCGAGGAGCAGGAUCCCUUCGUGGAUUCUGAGGCCGAGUAUCGAACUCGCCGAGAUUAUCUGCGCGAGCGCGCAGCUUGGCAGAAGCGGCAAAUCUAUCGACAGGCCUUCGACUUUCUGGGGCGCUACGUGAAGACCUUGGAGGUGGUGCUGAAUGGACACCUUCAGUCUUUGAACUUCCGAGUGCCGGUCACGGCGGUGUGGUACGUGCAAGGCGCCUCGAAACAGCGCAUCCUCGACGAGGUUCCGUUCAGCUUGCCAGAUGUCAAGAUGAAGAGCUUCAUUCAAAUGUGCGUGGAGCUGAACAAUGAGUCUCGCCUUAUCCUGGCUUUGUCAAGGUUCUCGCUUUGUCCACAGAGGUACCGCAGAUGGGCCCAGCUCUACCUUCCAGACGGUGUGCACAGACCUUUUUGGGUCUUCCUGGCCAAUGAUGCGAAGCACAUGCAGAACCUGAUGAGAUCAUCUUUGUACCUGAGUUUGUGCUUGGCACUACAUGCCGGUCUUUUUCUGGUCGCCCCAAAGGACGCUGCUGGUGACCUGAUGUGGGCGUCACCCAUGGCGCAAAGGAUUUCAGAGAUCCUUGGUGCUCUGCACCUUGCAUGUACAAUGCUCUGGCUUUGCCUGUAUACUUGCAUCCAGGUGCCACUGAGCAUCAAAAAAGUGCAGACCCAGUAUCCGAAGAGGAAUUCUCUCGUCAACAUUUGCGCUGCGUGGGGGCGUUACAUGAGUCAACGGCUGCUCCAGUGGCGUGCCAUUACACUGGUCCUGACGUCGCUAGCACUGUUUCGACGGCACUGGUGGGUCUACAGUUUCCUGCUGGCGGACUUCUUCGCUCAAAGCCCAUCACUUCAGACCGUGCUGAGUGGUGUAGUGGCCCCUGCAUGGCCUCUGUUCAUGACAUUCCUUGGUGCUGGCAUCAUCACCUUCGUCUACGGUGCCAUAGGGCUUCACAAUUUCCGGGACGAGUUCGGCAUGUACUGUGAUGAGAACAUCAUGGUCUGCACACAAAGCAUCCUGUACAUGGGCACUCGCUCUGGAAUUGUGGGGUUGAGCGGCAUGAUGGACCAAGUAGGCCCCGAGGAUGACACCUGGUUCCAGCGUAUGGUGUAUGACAUCAGCUACUUUGUCAUUUUUGGUGUCAUGUUGCUGAACACCAUCGUGGCCCUGAUUGUGGACUCUUUCCAGACUCAGAGGAGAGAAGCAACGGCCCGCGAGAACAACUUAGAGACGCAAUCUUUCAUUUCUUCGAUAGACCGCAAAGUCAUCGAGUCAGUGGCUCAAUCUGCUGGCAUUGUAGAUGGUUUCGAGUACCACGAGACCUACAAGCAGAACAAGUGGGACUAUAUGGCCUUCGUCUUCCACCUUCGUGAGAAGCAUGCGCUGAACUUCACCGGGCCAGAGAGUCAGAUUCGGCAAUUCAUCGACAACUCCGAUGUCACUUGGCUCCCCAUCGGACGGUCCAAAAUGUUGGAGGGCAAAUCGGAGGAGUCUCAGGAGGACACCCUGACCUUGAUUCAGAAGCAAAACUCUCAAAUCAUUGGUGCCCUGCAACAAACUCAAGACAAUCGCAAGACCCUCUUCAAAGCCAUCGGCAGCCUAGCUCGAUCGAUGCGCGACAAGACCGACAGCGUCCAGGAACUGCUUGAUAACAUGCACUGGGCCUCAUUCCUGCUGCUUCCGUCGGUGAGGGUCCAGCACAUUUGCUAG